AUGCGGCUUCUAGCCUCCACCUACCUGUCUCUCGCACUCCUCAUCAUCGCCGCAUCGGCCGCCGUAUAUGGGGAUCAAUCCCGCCUCCGGCUCUCCUGCCCCUGCUCCCGCAACUCCCUUAUCCCUUUCCAACCCAGAACUCACCACAUCCGCCAAUUAAUGAACACCAUCGACCUCCGACAACUUAUUCUACUGGACCUCUCUCUAGGCGGUAAAGACAUGACCAUACUCGGCUGCUUCUCUUCUCCCUCCCCAUAUACCCCCCUGACACGUCUCCAGACCCAGCGGGAAGUGGUAGUGCGCUCUUUGACGGCCAAGGCCAAACCUGGAUCGACCAAAAUCAAAAGAUGCGAAUGAGCAAGGGGCAACUCACUAAAAUCACCGUCAAAAAUACUGUCCCCCUCCCCUACAUAUCCAACGGGGUAAGGGGGGACAGACAGUAGUUUUUUUUUUUUCACAAAUACUGUAGUUUGACGAUUUGUAGAAUCGAGAAUGUGACGCUGACGAAUAUAGAUAUGAACACUACUAGUAGCACGAAGUGGAAUGCGGUGAAUACAGAUGGGGUUAACACGUAAAUUUUAAGGGGGCAGGUGAG